AUGUUUGAGGAUAAUCUAUUCUAAGAAGGCUUAAAUGAUGAUUUAAAUUCAUAUAAUCAAUUUGAAUAAAACAAUUACCAUCCAGAAAUUAUUGAAUACAAAGAUUAGUAAGAUGAACAGAUGAUGAAAAAAAAUUGUAUUGAGUGUCAUUAAUAAGAACCAAACUUAUUCUAAAUUGAAUUAGAGAAUGAUGAAGAGAGAGUGGAUUAUAAAAAUUUACCUAAAUUAAUAGGAAACAAUUUUGAAAAAUAUCUCUUAUAAAAUGAAAAUACUAUUCCAAAAACAAAAGGGUUGGAAAAUUUUUUAAAUGAGAGAAAGAAUAGAAAGAAUAAAAAAGAUAAACAAAUAUCUACAAAAAUAUCUGAUUUAAGAGAAUUAUGUUAAUCUGACUUGUAAUCAAGGAGAAUUUUUAUGAUAUAUAUAAAAAAACAAUUCCUUAUUGAUUUGAUAAACAGUACUAAAAUUGAAAAUCCAUUAAAAUAUAUAGAUGGGAUUAGUACAUAUUUUGCUACAGCUAUAUUACCAGACAACAUGAUUAGUAGUCAUAUAAUAAGUUCAAAAAAGAAAAUAACAAAAAAAAAACUGUGA